GUGCAGUAUGUUAUGCAUGUUUUCCUUGCUGAUGUUGCACUAGAUAUGUGAACACUUGCUUUCAUUUUUACCUUUUUUAUUUUCUAAUUGUCGCCAGCUGUUAAGUGACAAUGAAAACAAGAUUCGCCACUGUGGAUAUCAGGGCAGUUAUUGCCGAAAUUAACGCCAACUACAUUGGCAUGAGGGUGAACAACGUGUAUGACAUCGACAAUAAGACGUACCUCAUCCGGCUACAAAAGCCUGACCACAAAGCGAUUCUCCUGAUUGAAUCCGGCACCCGUAUUCACUCCACAGACUUCGAAUGGCCAAAGAAUAUGAUGCCUUCGGGCUUUGCAAUGAAGUGUCGAAAGCACCUGAAGUCACGACGGCUGACCGAGGUUAAGCAGCUGGGGAUGGACAGGAUUGUUGACAUCCAGUUUGGCUCUGAUGAGGCUGCCUACCACUUGAUUGUUGAACUAUAUGACAGGGGUAACGUCAUUCUUGCAGACCACGAGUACACCAUUCUGAAUCUGCUGCGCUUUCGCACAGCGGAGGUAGAAGAUGUCAAGAUUGCUGUGAGAGAGCGGUACCCUGUGGAGAAUGCCCGACCCCCUGAACCUCUCAUCAGUUUAGAGCGACUCACUGAAAUCAUCAGCAAAGCACCGAAUGGAGAUCAAGUGAAAAGAGUCCUGAACCCUCACCUGCCCUAUGGAGCCACUCUGAUAGAACAUAGUUUGAUAGAAGCAGGACUGCCGGGCUCUGUCAAGGUUGACAGCCAAGUCGAUGCUGUCCAAGUUGCACCUAAAAUCCUGGAGGCUCUGCAGAUUGCAGAAACAUACAUGGAAAAAACUGAGAACUAUAGCGGCAAGGGUUACAUCAUUCAGAAGAGAGAGAAGAAACCAAGCUUAAUUCCUGGCAAACCCAGUGAAGAACUGCUCACUUAUGAUGAAUUCCAUCCAUUCCUCUUUGCCCAACAUGCCCAGAGCCCCUUUUUAGAGUUUGAUACUUUUGACAAGGCUGUAGAUGAGUUCUUUUCCAAGAUCGAGAGCCAAAAGAUCGACAUGAAAGCCUUGCAUCAGGAGAAGCAAGCUCUGAAGAAGUUGGAGAAUGUUAAGAAAGACCAUGAGCAUAGGCUGGAGGCCUUACACCAAAUACAGGAGGUGGACAGAGUAAAGGGCGAACUGGUGGAGAUGAACCUGCCUGUGGUAGAAAGGGCUUUGCAGGUGGUUUGCAGUGCACUGGCUAACCAGGUAGACUGGACUGAGAUUGGCAUUAUCGUCAAAGAAGCACAAGCUGCUGGAGACCCCGUGGCCUGCGCCAUCAAGGAGCUGAAGCUGCAGACCAACCACAUCACAAUGCUAUUAAAGAAUCCAUAUAUUUCUGAGGAGGAUCACGGAGAGGAGGAGGAAAAAGAGACGACUGAGGAGAAGGGGAAGAAAAACAAAAAUAAAGACAAAGGACAAAACAAGAAGCAGCAAGGAAACAAGCCCAUGUUGGUGGAUGUGGAUCUCGGCCUGUCAGCGUAUGCCAAUGCCAAGAAGUACUAUGACUGCAAACGCAGUGCUGAAAAAAAGGAACAGAAAACUAUGGAAGCAGUAGGUAAGGCUAUGAAAUCUGCAGAGAAAAAAACACAGCAAACACUCAAAGAAGUCCAAACAGUGAUGACCAUUCAGAAGGCCAGAAAAGUCUACUGGUUUGAGAAAUUUCUGUGGUUCAUCAGUUCUGAGAAUUACCUCAUCAUCGCAGGACGGGAUCAGCAACAGAACGAGAUGAUCGUCAAGCGCUACCUCCGGGCCGGCGAUAUCUACGUUCACGCUGACCUCCACGGAGCAACUAGUUGUGUCAUCAAAAAUCCCUCAGGUGAUCCCAUCCCUCCUCGUACCCUGACAGAAGCUGGCACUAUGUCCGUGUGUUACAGCGCUGCUUGGGAUGCCAAGAUCAUCACCAGCGCCUGGUGGGUCAAUCAUAAUCAGGUGUCUAAGACAGCUCCUACUGGAGAGUACUUGACUACUGGAAGUUUCAUGAUCAGAGGAAAGAAAAACUUUCUGCCACCUUCUUACUUGAUUAUGGGCUUUGGCUUCCUCUUCAAGGUAGAUGAGCAGAGCGUGUUUCGGCAUAGAGGGGAGCGUAAAGUGAAGACGGUGGAGGAAGACAUGGAGGAGGUCACAUCCGGAACCUCUGAGCUGUUAGAGGAGGAAGAGGAGCUGAUAGGUGAUGAGAGCAGUAAUGAAGAUCAGGGUGAGGAAAGAGCGGAAGGUGAUGAAGAGAAUAAGGAGAUGGAGAAGAAGAUAAAAAACGCUGCUAUUCCUGAGGAGCCUGCGGCAGACACAGGGAAGAUGCCGUCAAAGCAGAGCAACAUGAAGGAGGAGGAGGAGGAAGAGGAGGAGGGAGAUGGGGCUGGAGAGGAAGACGGUGAAGAAUUCAGCUUUCCGGAUACUACAAUCUCCCUGUCUCAUUUACAGCCCAAGAGGGGCGCUCAGAACCCUGGCUUCAAAAGGGAAGAGACGCCUCAGGCUGAGGCAGACUCACAAGGGACGAAACACAUGACUGCCAAGCAGAGACGAGAGAAGAAAAAGAAGCAGAAACCGGAAGGUGUUGACACUGAGGAGAAGACAGAGGUUACACCUGGUGGAUCAGCAGUUGAACAGGUAUCCAAAGGUGGAGGAGGCCCCUCCCAGCAGCCACUGAAGAGAGGCCAAAAGAACAAGUUAAAGAAGAUCAAAGAGAAAUACAAAGACCAGGACGAAGAGGACAGAGAGCUCAUGAUGCAGCUGCUCGGGUCAGCCGGUUCAAAAGAAGAAAAGGAUAAGGGGAAGAAAGGAAAGAAGGGAAAGGGAAAAGAGGAGCCCAUCAGGAAACCAGUCAUUCAGAAACCACCUCCGAAACCUCGCAAUGUGGAGACUGUAGCAAAGAAACCAGAGCAGACAGGAGGAGAAGAUGAGGAGGGAGGGCCCGCUGAACAAGAGGAUAAGGAGGAUGAAGCUGACCAGGACAACCCUGGAGCAGAGGAAGCAGAGAAUCUGCUCACCUCUCUGACAGGCCAACCUCAUCCUGAAGACGUGCUGCUGUUUGCUGUUCCAGUCUGUGCUCCCUAUACCGCCCUCACCAACUUUAAACACAAGGUGAAACUGACACCAGGCGCUCAAAAGAAAGGAAAAGCUGCACGCACUGCAGUUUUCAGCUUUAUGAAAGCCAGAGAAGCAUCAACUAGAGAAAAGGACUUGUUCCGCAGUGUCAAGGAUACUGACCUAUCCAGAAACAUUCCAGGCAAAGUUAAAGUGUCUGCUCCGAACCUGCUGGCCUCCAAGAAGAAGUGAGAUGGGUGCAAACACACCUGGCAAGAAGUGUGAACUGCACAGUGUGAUGCAGUUCAGUGGGACAAUACAGACUUCAUUUAUAUUUCAAACAUGAGAGUUAACAUCUGAUCACCUGUAUUAAAAAAAAGCCCUUGUUUGGA